CAAUUCCAAAAAAGAGGUUCUUUGAAGUUAACGCUUCACUCACCAUCUGGAACGAGAUCGGUGCUUCUGCCUCCCAGACCUAAGGAUACUAGCUCUAGAGGGUUCCGUAAUUGGCCCUUCUUAUCGGUGCAGCAAUGGGGUGAGGACCCCCAUGGGACAUGGAUUCUUGAGAUCGAGAGCGUCUCCAUUGACCAAUUGGCCUCCGGCACUUUUCGUGGAUGGGAAUUAGUUUUGUAUGGUACAGCAGAGCCGGCUCAACAAGGGGAUGCAGUUCAUCGACGACAUCAAUCUAAGAUAUAUAAGGCGAAGUUUUCUUGGCGAAGUGAGCCCAAGCCUCCAACAUCGAAGCCUAGUCUUAUUCAAAAAGAUUCCAUUGCGGUUACAACAUCAGAAGGUGCGUAG